GACAGGAGUAUAGGAGUAUAGUACAGUAUUUUGUUUCAGAUCACAAUGCAAACUCUAAACACCCCCGAUUACAUUGUCAUUGGAAUGAUGCUCGCCUUAUCAUUCGGUAUCGGGGUGUUCUUCGCUGUAAGGAGUAAGAACACAAGAGAAACCUACCUCCUGGGGAACCGACAGAUGGGAGUUUUCUCCGUUGCUAUCUCCAUGUUCGUAACCACGCAAUCGGCAGUGUCCUUACUGGGCUACCCCGCGGAGAUAUACACAUACGGAACUAUGAUCAUCUACCUGUUCAUAAGCCGAAGUUUCACCUACCUUGCCGGCGUCUAUACUUGUCUCCCGCUUCUAUACCCGUUACGCAUUGUCAGUAUAUUUGAGUAUCUUGGAAGAAGAUUUGAUUCAACUGCAGUGCGUAUAUACGGAACAUUCCUUGGAAUGUUACAAACGGUUAUAUACAUGGCUGUGGCGUUAUUCUCUCCUGCUCUGGCUCUCCAAGUAUCUGCAGGCAUUCCCCUUUGGAUGUCCAUUGUAAUUGUCGGACUCGUCGGCACGGUCUACACAUCAAUUGGCGGCAUACAGGGCGUGGUUUGGACGGAUGUAUUGCAGUCUGUGUUCAUGUUAGGGGGCAUGGUGCUGGUUAUAGUGCUGAGCAUUGGCAGGAUUGGGACUCUUCAGAAAGUUUGGGAAAUCAACCACCAGGAAGGACGUAUACAGUUUGACGAGCUCAGCCCCGAUCCCCGCGUUCGCCACACUGUUUGGGGACUAUUUCUGGGAGGUUUCUUCAACUGGUACGUCAACAUGUUCAACCAAGCAACCAUGCAGAGAAUGUGUGCAAUUCGGUCAAUGAAAGGAUCCAAAAUAGCCUUCUUACUGAACAUACCAAUGCUUCUCAUAUACGGUGUUCUGCUGGUGAUCACAGGGCUGCAACUGGCCGCCUACGUCUUCACCACCCAGUGUGACCCGUAUGAGGCUGGUUACAUCACAAACAGGAACCAGAUGAUGCCCUACUUUGUGUUGGACAUCCUCGGCUCCUACCCUGGCCUGGCUGGACUCUACAUGUCUUCCCUGUUCAGUGGAGCGCUCAGUACUCUGUCCUCUGGCAUCAACGCUUUGGCCGCCAACACAGUGGCAGAUAUCCUGGUCGUGCCACUGCGCCGAUCUUCAGAAAGGACAUCCACAAUCAUUGCUAAAUUGGCAGUUUGUUUCUACGGACUCCUGGCUAUAGGAAUGGCGUAUAUGAUUCGAUCACUCCAGGGGCCAAUAACACAGAUGACACACGCUGUGUGGGGAGCUGGUGGCGGUCCUGUGUUAGGAAUGUUCUUCCUGGGAGCUGUUUUCCCAAAGGCCAACAAAGUGGGAGCUCUGUGUGGAGGUAUAUCAGCUCUAUUAGUGACUGUCACACUCAGCAUUCUACAAGAACUUCAUGGAGUCAAGCCGACCACUCUAAACCCCGCACCUCUAGAUGCAUGCCCAGGAGAAUCCUAUCUAGAGGCGAAUAGUACCAUGGCAUUCACAACCCCAAAGAUUCUGAAUACAACAUUCCCACAAGAUUAUAUUCUGAAUUCUCAUCACGAAGGAUUGUCUGCAGUGCCAUUCUACCUAUAUGAUGUGUCCUACGUGUGGUACGGCUUCAUUGGCUUCCUGGUGGUGCUGGUUGUUGGUGUGGUCACAAGUUGGAUCACCGCAAGCCGAUACCCUCAAACAGUGGACCCGCAACUCCUCUUUCCGUUUGCGCGGCGACUGUGGAAACUGUCGAGUACAAGCGGGAUGCAGCUGACACCUUUACCAGGGAAUGAGACUUACGUACCCAGCCGGAAAAACAGCCAUGACGAAACUCUACCUGUCCCUUUCAACACGGCAACACGGACGCCACAGCAAGUCUAAAGUCGGGCCAAGCAACGAUGAAAUUCAAAACAAAGACGUUUCAAACAACAUGUACAUCACCAUUUAACUGUUUAACCGACUGGUGUUGGGGAAUUUAUGCUUAGCGUCAUUUUAACCACUGUUCAGACACGCUCUAUUCUUAUUAUUAAUUUUGGUCCAAUACGACAAAAUAUUUGGGAAAAAUCCUAAAAAUGGAAAUCGAUCUUGUCCCUUUGAGUGUCCCCAUAACAUUAGACAUUUUGGAUCAGUUAUAUGUUGCAAUUCAAAAGUUAAGCCUGGUGUAGAUAGAUUUAUUGUAUAUCAUAAGCUAUUUAUUCAAGAAUUAGCAGAUCUAGACCUUGCCUUAACUGUUUCCGAGAAUAAAAAAAAUGAUUGCUAUUUUGUAACAAGGACAUGCAGAAAUUGGUGAUGAGAAUGUCAUUGAUAUGAGCAUUGUUAUUUGGAAGUGCAAAAGUGUACUGGUAACGGAUGAAUGGUGUGAUGGUAGAUGGAUAAAUGACAAAAUCAAAACCGAUGACAUGAGGUAAAUCUUGAACAAUUAACAACUAUAGUUUAUUAUCAAGAGCUUUGGUUAGGAAUUCCAUGAACGGUGGCAGUGUUCUAAAUUUUGAAUGAUUACAUCAACAGCUGAGUACUUUAUUUGCAGCUUUUCGCGUCGUGACAAACUUAGAGCUCCGACAAAGUGCAUGAGAGCGCACAGGUACAUUGAAAAUGUAUUGUGUAGCAAAACAACCUAAGGUGUUUGCCUUAUGACACUGAACACGCAAGCUCAAAGUG